GAACUGGCAAGGAAAAAGUCACCUUGGUUGCUCUCGUUCGUCUGCGAAAGUUUGGUUUUCGUUCAAGUUAGAGGUCACGUUCUCGUAUCUUAAAAAGUCAACUGUCAAAAGCACCGGUAUCUUUUUGCCGAUAAAAAAAACGUGGCUACAUAAUUUGCUUCAAUAAGACAAUUUAAAACAUAACAUGGCUCUAAAUAAACUCGCUAUUGAUGCUUUGGACCUUAAGGAUAAACGUGUAUUGAUGCGUGUGGACUUCAAUGUUCCCAUAAAAGAUGGUGCUAUCACUAAUAACCAGAGGAUAGUUGCUGCUUUAGAUUCAGUGAAAUAUGCCCUAGAUAAAGGAGCGAAAUCUGUUGUACUCAUGAGCCAUCUUGGACGUCCUGAUGGGCAGAGAGUUGAAAAACAUUCCUUAAAGAUUGUUGCUGAGGAAUUGAAGAAAUUAUUGAAUAAAGAUAUAUUAUUUCUCUCUGAUUGUGUGGGCCCGGAGGUUGAAGAAAAAUGUGCCAAUCCACCUAGUGGGACCAUCAUUUUAUUAGAAAAUCUCCGUUUCCAUGUAGAAGAGGAAGGUAAAGGUGUAGAUGCCAGUGGUGCUAAGGUCAAAGCCAAACCAGAAGAUGUUGAGAAAUUUCGUGCAUCUUUGACUAAAUUAGGUGAUGUGUAUAUAAAUGAUGCAUUUGGAACUGCUCAUCGAGCUCAUAGCUCCAUGGUAGGAGUUAAUUUACCUCAAAGGGCCUCUGGCUUUUUAAUGAAAAAGGAACUGGAGUAUUUUGCCAAAGCUCUUGAUAAUCCUGUUCGACCUUUCUUAGCUAUUUUAGGAGGUGCGAAAGUUGCAGAUAAAAUACAGCUGAUUGAAAAUUUGCUGGACAAAGUUAACGAAAUGAUUAUUGGGGGUGGAAUGGCUUUCACAUUUUUGAAAACAUUAAACAACAUGGAGAUUGGAACUUCCCUGUAUGAUGAAGCAGGUUCAAAAAUUGUUGCAGGUUUAAUGGAGAAAGCAAAGAAAAAUGGAGUGCAAAUACAUUUGCCUGUAGACUUUGUCACUGCUGAUAAGUUUGCUGAAGAUGCAACUCCAGGAACAGCAACUGUAGAAACUGGUAUUCCAAAAGACCAAAUGGGUCUAGAUUGUGGACCUAAGAGCACUGUAAUUUUCACAGAAUCUAUUGGCAGAGCUAAAACCAUUGUUUGGAAUGGCCCAGUUGGUGUAUUUGAAUUUGCAAAUUUUGCUAAUGGGACCAAAGCAGUGAUGGAUAAAGUUGUUGAAGUUACUAAAUCUGGUGUUACAACAAUUAUUGGUGGUGGUGACACUGCAACCUGUUGUGCAAAAUGGCAGACUGAAGACAAAGUGAGUCAUGUCAGUACUGGAGGUGGUGCUAGCUUAGAACUUUUGGAAGGUAAAAAAUUACCUGGAGUUGCAGCUUUAUCAGAUGCAUGAAAUGGCCCUCAUUCCUAGAAGUUAUUGAUUCUCAUUGUCUAAGUCAUCUACAAU